AGUGAUGAAACAAUGGCGUAGGUAACCAGCAAGUCUGAAUGAACGGGUUGCAAAAAUUCUCGUCGAUUUAAUUAACUAUUUCGACCAUCAAAAAAAGAAAUGUCGAACCGGGACCCGGACAAUUUGAUGGCGACAAACGACGAGAAUUUCGACUACUUGUUCAAGAUCGUGCUUAUCGGAGAUUGUGGUACAGGAAAGACCUGUGUUGUUCAAAGAUUUCGAUCUGGUACAUUUAUCGAAAGACAUGGAAAUACAAUUGGUGUAGAUUUUUCUAUGAAAACUGUAUUAAUUGAUGACAAAAAAAUUAAGUUACAAAUAUGGGAUACAGCUGGUCAAGAAAGAUUUCGUACAAUAACACAGAGUUAUUACAGAUCAGCUAAUGGUGUUAUUGUUGUUUAUGAUAUUACAAAGAGAUCUACAUUCUUAAGUUUACAACAUUGGGUUGAAGAAGUACGAAAAUACACUUCUUCACAUGUUUUGUUAGUUUUAGUUGGUAAUAAAUGUGAUCUACAAGAUUUAAGAGAAGUUGAAAAAGAAGAAGCAGAAGCUCUUUGUCAAUAUCUUCCUGAAGUGUUACAAGUAGUAGAAACAUCAGCCAAAGAAAAUACCAAUAUAGAUUCUAUAUUUUUUUACCUGGCAUCAGAGCUCAAAAGGCGACACGAAAAUCGCCAAAUUAAUGCUAAUCAGGAUGAAGUUGUUAGACUUGGCGCAGGACGAAAAUUGUCUUCCUGCUCAAAUUGUUCAUAUAAAAUAUUUUAAAUGGCGAGGGAAAGGGUAAACAAAUAGUACAUACCGCAGUUCACAAGAGUCCAUAACUGCGAAAAGACCAAUUUUCGUUCUUCGCGCAUCUCCAGUGCGCACCUUCGCCCUGAUUGGCGAUACUCUCAAACGAAGUGGCAAGCGAUUAGCAGAGAGCUCGCUGCGUUUCCCCACCAUCUUCCAACCUGCGCGUCGCAGUUAUGGACUCUAGUAAACUGCGUAUACAUAUCUUGUUCAAAUUGAAAUUUUUAUACAAAACGAAGAAACAGUGUCUUAUAUUUUUAUAAUGAUUCAAAUCAUGUGAUAUUAAGACAAAAUUGAAUCACUAUAUUGUUGAUAUUCAUGGUAUUGAGCCAGUAUUUUCUAUCACUGUCCAAUUAAUAUCAAAAUAAGAGUUUACUACUCGUUUUACAUUAAUUAGAAAACUUGCAAUUGUAUUUACAAUUUUAUCGGAGACUUACGACUGGUAGUCGGGUUUUGUAAUUUAUACAGUUGUAAAUAUAAACUCUUAGUCUUUACGUAUUUCGUGACAAUUAUGUACUUCAGCGGUUCAGAAACGUAGUAGUUGUGAAUGCUCAUAUUUAUUUAUAAUGAAGAGAAUCUCAGAAUACAGAAAUAAUAUAUUAAUAUAUUUUUUUAGAAGAAUAUUUUAGUACUAUACUAUUUUGUAAUGUUGUAACAUUGAAAUGAUUCAAAUAAAAUAUAAAUACAAUUAUA